CUCCAGUGACUAAUGCCUGUCAUAUGACUCUGACACCCAUGGAGACAAUUACAAGGAACAAGAGUUUAUCUCGGAUUUGAAAACAAAAAGGAAAUCUGUACCGAAUUUAUGUUGGUACAAAAUGCCUCCGACUCUCUUCCAGAAACUUUUCAACAAGAGAAACGCGAUAUCGUCGCCGCCCCCGAGAUGUAGCAAAGAGGACCCAGCUUUCAGCUGGCCACUUCCCCAGCUGGAGCCCAGUCAGAUCAGACUGAUAGUGUACCAGGACUGCGAGAAGCGUGGCAGRAAUGUCCUCUUUGACUCCAAUGCCAAGAAAAGGGGCACAGAGGAAACCCCCACCACUAAUGCUGAUGGCCAGGUGAAGAUGUUUGGAAAAUGCUGCCAGCUCCGGCCUACACGAGGCAGCAGCAGUUCUCUUGACAGCUCCUCCUCGUGUACCUCUGAAACCAAGGAAUCCAAGGAGCAGGGCCUCCGCUUCCAGGGUUCGAGGUGUUCUUCUGAUGUGGUAAUGCUGGGAGAGAUGAUGUUUGGCUCUGUAGCCAUGAGCUACAAGGGAUCUACUCUCAAAAUCCACCAGAUCAGAUCACCACCUCAGCUGAUGCUGAGUAAGGUCUUCACCGCCAGGACGGGAAGCAGCGUGUAUGGCAGCUUCAACACGUUACAAGACAGUCUAGAGUUCAUUGGACCGGACAGUAACACCUUAAGGCCAGAUCAAAACACUGGGCCCAGCAGUCUUUUAGGGAACAUAGGAUUUUCUCAGCUCUGCAGCCCUCGACGGGCCUUCUCUGAACAGGGCCCACUGCGCCUCAUCAAGAGCGCCUCUUUCUUUUCAGGCCACAGUCAUCCAAUGGACAUGCCAGGCCGGGGUCCAAAUGACGAGAGGGACAGCGGCAUCGCCAGGUCAGCCUCUUUGAGCAGCCUGUUGAUCACUCCCUUCCCGUCCCCUGGCUCCUCUUUGAACAGCAGCUGUGCAUCCAGCUACCAGCGCCGAUGGCUCCGCAGUCAAACCACCAGCUUGGAGAAUGGCGUUUUCCCUCGAUGGUCAGUGGAGGAGAGCUUCAACAUGUCUGAUGAAAGUGGAGCUCAGAGCCUUGGAGUGAUGCGGAAGAAGAAGAUCGCCAUCGGAGUCAUCUUCACGCUGUCUUCUGACCCAGAGGAGGACACCCGCUUCCAGGAUUUCUUCUUCUCCCACUUCCCUCUAUUUGAAAGCCACAUGAACAAACUCAAGAGCGCCAUUGAGCAGGCCAUGAAGAUGAGUCGGCGGUCAGCAGAUGCCAGUCAGAGAGUUUUGGCUUACAGCCGAAUAGUCGAUGGACUCAACGAGUUCAGGAUGACCAUCUGCGACCUGUACACAAUGCCCCGUGUGGCCGAGCCCGUCUGGUUGACGAUGAUGUCUGGAGCAUCAGAGAAGAACCAGCUCUGCGGCCUCUUUAUGAGGGAGCUGUCCUCACUGAUGGAGCAGGCCUCCAAGAACCAAUUCCUCCCUGCAUUAUUAACAGCCAUCCUGACCAAUCAUCUGGCCUGGGUCCCCACCGUCAUGCCCAAUGGGCAGCCUCCAAUUAAGAUCUUCCUCGAGAAACACUCCUCCCAGAGCGUUGACAUGCUGGCAAAGACACAUCCCUAUAACCCUCUCUGGGCACAGCUUGGGGACCUUUACGGGGCCAUAGGGUCACCAGUGCGGCUGUCUAGGACAGUGGUGGUUGGUCGCAGACAGGAGCUGGUUCAGAGGCUCCUCUAUGUCCUCACAUAUUUCAUCCGCUGCUCAGAACUGCUGGAGACACACAUGCUGGACAGCGCAGAAGACGAGGCCAUUGUCAUGCCCGGCUCGCUCAUCACCACCUCACUCAGGAAGGGGGAGAUAGAGGAGUCCGACUACGUCCUAGUUACUGUCCAUAAACCCAGCGGAGACUAUCUGUCGCAAGGGAACCACAGCCAGCAGAUGGAGGCUGAAGACAGCAGCUACCGUUCUGACAACAGCCUCCAGAGCAGCACAUACACGGACACUGAGGUGGAGCACAGCUCCAGGGAGAUGCCUAGAGAGAAAAAUGACGAUGAAGACUACGAGGAGCACAGCAACAACAGUCAAGGAUCCAGGAGUAGUGUGCUUCAGUCAAUGCCCAMUGAGGACACAGCUUCUAUUAUCAGGACUGCAGAGGCUGAACUGCAGACUUUAGCACCUGGGGAACUAAAAAGGGAGUCCAGCAGCCCGUUGGCCUCCGAGGUGCGAGUGGAAACGGUGCUGCAGGUCAGCUCGGCCUGUCCCCGAGAUCAGGGCCAUGUGCUGGACGCGGAGACAAAAGGAGACAUGGAACUUGUUGCUCCAUCGACUCACACAGUUCUUUCAUCAAGUCCACCCAACUCUUCUGCCACCAUAAACAGUACAAGCUUUGAGACUAGGUUGGAUUCAGAAGAGGGGGGGCUGCCCAGAAAAGUGCCAGCUCUUUGGGCUUUGGAGAAGAAACCCCCAGAUAAGAACCUGGUCGGAGCAGUACCGAUACCGGUAAUACCUGGAAACCCAAUGCCAGGACCCAUGGCUCGGCCUUCCAAUAAGGAAGAAGAGCCAUCAACAAAAGUCACCUUCCUCAUUGGUGAUUCUAUGUCUCCAGAAUCUGACACAGAGAGCCGACAAAGGAAAAUGGGAGUGGAAAUAAAAAAGCACAAGAAACUCCUCAAUGAAAACCAGCUCCCUCACCUGCAGCCCCUUCAUCAUCAUCAUCAACAACAGGAUCAUCAAGAGCAACAAUAYAAUAUUCAGAGAGGAGCACAUUCAAAGACCAGCAACACCAGGGCAUCAGAGGACCAAACAAAACCGACCAAGGCAACUCCAGCUCUGCAGAGGGUGUCCACCACAAUGUCCCAGUGGAGCCUGAACUAUAGAGACGAUUUUGAUGAGUAUUUUAGCCCAGAGAACCCUGUGGAGAUUAGGACUAUAGACGAUGUCGCCAAACAGGAGGCCACCAGCACAGACAAUACGCACAAACAUUUACUAAACCCGUUGGAGAUCCCUCGGCUUCAUAACCCGAGGGACCACAGCUGUCAAAAUGCAGGCAGUGGUCAGGGUUUAAGCAUCUGUUCAGGUUCGAAUAUUGGAGAGGUGGAGUCCAGCAAGAAAGGAACCACUUUAUCUGAUGUUCGGAGGAGGUGCAGGUGUGGUUCUACUGACUCCUCUGACGUCUGCUGCAGGAGCCGCUCCGCUGAGCUGGACAAGGACAUUGUGUUGACUGUCCCCGUCCCUCAGGAUGGAGGCUGCAUCAAGGACCAAAAGGUGGCUCCCCUCAAUGACUGGGAAAUACCACGAAAUGAGAGCUCGGACAGCGCAUUGGGAGACAGUGAGAGCGAGGAGACGGAGGACUGGCAAGAGGAAGUGCUGGUGCCCUUCCCCGGAGCAAAGUUAGUGGAAAACUACUCGAAACCAAGCAUUGCCAACUUUGGCCUGUCUCUGUUUGGAGGCUACUGCCCCACCUAUGUUCCUGAUUUUGUACUGCAUGGAAUCCCCUGUGAUGAGAAGCUACGGCAAAGUCUCAUGACCGAAUUAUCCCAUGCUGUUCAGCAUCCUGUAUUGGAUGAGCCCAUAGCUGAGGCCGUCUGCAUUAUAGCAGACACAGAUAAGUGGACAGUGCAGGUGGCCAGCAGUCAGAGACGAGCCACAGAAGUCAACAGGCUGGGGAAAGAAGUUUUGGUGUCCAACCUGGUCUCCAACUUAUUACAGUCCACAUACCAACUUUACAAACUCAGCCUCUCACCCAACUUUUGUAUAAUGCACCUUGAGGACCGACUGCAGGAGAUCUACUUUAAGAGUAAAAUGCUUGCUGAGUAUCUGAAGGGCCAGACGAGGGUCCAUGUGAAAGAACUGAGCAUGGUCUUGGGAAUCGAGUCCAGUGACCUGCCCCUGUUGGCUGCAGUGGCCAGCACUCACUCCCCCUAUGUGGCUCAGAUCUUACUAUGAAGCUGCACCAGAGCUCAGGUCUAAACACAGCAAGGAGACCAGUCAGGUCCAGGAGGGGCCUCUCUGGUCCCCAAAAACAGCCGUCCAUGCUGCACAGCUGUCCCCCUUACAUGGUUUUAUGGAAGGAAGUUUACCCUGAGCCUGAGCAUUACUCAUCUUCACGAACACUGGUCUCAGACUUUGGGGCGUUGUGGAUGUUUCACCACCAGGUGGCGGUAGAGACAAAGCAUGGAGCAAGACUCAGCAGCCGACUGAAGUGUCAGUGAUUAAAAUCUGAAUGUUCCUAUUAAAGCAAAACUCUUAUUUUUGGAAACAAAAGCCAAAGACUUAAAAUUCAUCCAGAUGGGAUUUCAUUUUGAUAAUACCUCCAAUGUGGAAACCAUUGAUUUAAUUCUUCAACUGCAAAUUAAUUUUUUUCCCUGUACAAUCUUAAACCUGGCAAUAUGAAGGACUCCAUGUUUGUUUGUUUUUUAAUGCUGAGUUCUAUAUUCCUGUAUUUUAAUAAUCCUAUGCCAAUUAUGUCAGUUUUUUAACUUUAUAUGCUUGUUUACAGAUCAGAUUUCCUUUAUAUCUCAACAAUUUAGUUGUUUGGCUAAAUGAGGUUUUCACAUGACUUAAGACUUUUAUUUUGGCAUUUCGACACCUUCAUUUUCAGUCCUACGACCUCUAUUUGAAAUAGCUCGAAGUGGCUUUGGCGUUAUUAUCAUAGGUACAGCACUACCUCAAAUCUUCAUAUGGAUGUUGGAAGACUUGGCUGUCCAAUAGAAAACCAUAAGGUAGAUUUAGAAAGAAAUUUUAAUCAAAGGAAUGUCAACUCUGUCGACUUUAUGCUGUGUUUUUUGAGGAAAAAAAGGAAAGGCUGUUAAGAUUUUUUUAAUGGAAGAAAUACAUAUUUUUGCAUCACGUUGUGACAGAGAGAUCUCCCUUUAUACUGUAGAAAAGUUCAAACCUACAUUAUCUAUGUAUUUUGCAACCAGAAUGCUGAAGUAUUUUCUCAUUUUUAUAUAUCACUGUCACCUUUAUAUGAUGUUUACGGCUUCAGUGUUUGGAACAGAACGAAGACUAGAGGGGCAGUAGGCCUUUCUGUGAAUGUGUACAGGUUAACACUAUUCAGGUUUGUUGGGAUGACAGUCCUACAGAUUAAACAUAAAACAUUAGGCCAUUUAUUAUUUUAUUUUUGUCUACAGAUUGGCAGAUUUUUGACCACCUCCAUGUAAACUGGUACAUUUCCUGGAGCUGGACGAUUAGUUACUCUUACAGCAUGUUUUUGGACAAAAAGUAAAGUUUUCCUGCAGGAAAUUGGGCCUAAUUUUAUUCUCAUGUUUUGUUUAGGUUAUAAUUAUUAUUAUUAYUACUACUAUUAUUUUUGUAAAUAGGUUUAUUUAAGAAUAAAGUCACAAUAGAGAAAAACAUUGUUUUUGAUGCACUCAUACACAAAGAGUUAUCAUGCUAUGCUUUUAAAGUAAGCAAAUGUAUUCUUGUUGUUAGGGCUGCAACCAUUUUAAUCAUGACAAAUCCACAUUAUUAUUUUUUUACUUUAAAAGCCUUUAUUGUGUGUACGAAUUCAAUAAAACUGUCACAAUAACCCCAACAAGUGGGCAGUUUUAGUUAAUCUAUCUCUAUACCGUACCCUGUCAAUGACCCAAGUCUUAAUGGAGAAAAUGCAUGAAAGUUUUUUUUUCCUUUUCUCAUUUUGUUCAUAAAUUUAAGAAAUGCAUCCUUAUGUGUAUUAUAGAUGCCCUGCUACAUUUUUGUAUAUGAAAGCUGUUAUUGAUUUAUAUAUAUGAAUCUGCUUUUUUCCCUCUUUGUAUAUGAAUAAAUUAUUUAGUUGCUCAUAAGUGUAACGGUUUGUGUAAACUGUACAUUCUCAAUUUAUUUCCAUGUUGUUUGUACAGAAUGUCUUUUACAAGAAGUCGCACCUUGAAUUAUUUUUUUCUCCCUAUUUUCUGGGAACGUUGUGCAAUAAAUAUGCUGAGAACUUA